CCUACAAGCAGUUCAGCCCCAACGUGCCCGAGAAGACUCUGGGCGCCAGCGGGCGUUACGAAGGCAAAAUCGCGCGGAGCUCGGAGCGCUUCAAGGAGCUCACCCCGAACUACAAUCCCGACAUCAUAUUCAAGGACGAGGAGAACACGGGCGCCGACCGUCUCAUGACCCAGCGCUGCAAGGACCGUCUGAAUUCCCUGGCCAUCUCCGUAAUGAACCAGUGGCCAGGCGUGAAGCUGCGGGUGACGGAAGGCUGGGACGAGGACGGCCACCACUCCGAGGAGUCGCUGCACUACGAGGGUCGCGCCGUGGACAUUACUACGUCUGACCGCGACCGGAACAAGUAUGGGCUCCUGGCAAGGCUGGCAGUAGAGGCCGGCUUCGACUGGGUCUACUAUGAGUCCAAGGCGCAUGUACACUGCUCGGUCAAGUCCGGUGAGCCUUCGGGGGACUGGGCUCGGGAGGGGCGGGGCCGAGGACAGGGCAGGGGCCGAUCGGAAUGA